UCGUACCUGUACAUGUCAAGGAAUUGAUCCAGAGACUUGCGGAGCUUCCUUCUCUUUUGGCUGUUCUUGGAGUAUGUAUUUCAAUGGCUGCAAAUUUGGUAGAAGCCCAAGUCCUAGAAGAUUUAGAAUUGAUCCAAGUUCUCCCUUACACGAAAAAAACCUUGAAGAUAAUUUACAAAGUUUGGCUACAGAAUUAGCUCCAAUUUAUAAGCAGUAUGCUCCAGUUGCUUACCAAAACCAGGUGGCGCUUGAACACGCUGCUCAAGAAUGUCGGCUUGGCAAGAAAGAAGGUCGUCCUUUCUCUGGGGUCACUGCUUGCCUAGACUUCUGUGCCCACCCCCACAGGGACAUUCACAACAUGAAUAAUGGGAGCACAGUGGUCUGCACUUUAACACGAGAAGAUAACCGCUCAUUUGGUGUUAUUCCUCAAGAUGAGCAGCUGCAUGUACUUCCUCUUUAUAAACUUUCAGACACAGAUGAGUUUGGCUCAAGGGACGGAAUGGAAGCCAAGAUCAAAUCUGGGGCCAUCAUGGUCCUCGCACCCCACCGCAGAAAAAGAACACGAUUUACUCAGCCAGUUCCUCGUUCUGGGAAGAAGAGAGCAGCAAUGAUGACAGAGGUUCUUGCACAUAAGAUAAGGGCUGUGGAAAAGAAAUUUAUUCCUCGAAUCAAGCGGAAGAAUAAUUCAAUGACAAACAACAGUAAGGCUUCAUCGCUGCCACUUUUAGGGAAUAAAACAGAGACUGUGCAACCUGAAAUAAAAAGUGAAACUGAACCCCACCUUAUCUUCAAAGGUUCGGACAACACUAAAACCUACUCACCGACCCCAUCCAUUCCUCACCCAGUGAAAGAGGCACACUUAGCUCCAGGCUUCUCCUGGUCCCCUAAGACUGCUCCGGUCCCAACAGUUCCUUUUAAGAACGAUGCAUCAGUUUCGUACGGGUUUUCAGAAAGAGGUAGCAAUCCCCACUGCACAAUGCCUUCUGUAAGACACAGUGGUGCUAAUGUAGCUGCUGGGGAGUGUGCUGAAAUUGCACAGCCUGGUGAAGUGGUUCCUCUUUCCACCUUGUCUACUCCCAUGACAGAUUCCCCGGCUUAUUCUGAGCCUCCCACUGGUCCAUCUGAGCAGCUAACUUCUGAUCAGCCAAACCAGCAGCCCCCGUUCAUCCCUUCUCCUCAUGAACUUGCUUCUUCUCUGGCGGAAGAAGACGAGCAGCAUUCUGAGGCAGACGAGCCUCCAUCAGAUGACCCCCUAUCAGACGACCCCCUGUCACCUGCUGAGGAGAAACUGCCCCACAUUGUUGAGUAUUGGUCAGACAGCGAGCACAUCUUCCUGGAUGCCAAUGUUGGUGGGGUGGCCAUAGCGCCCGCCCACGGCUCUGUUCUGAUCGAGUGCGCCAGGCGAGAGCUUCAUGCCACGACUCCUGUCGAGCACCCCAACCGGAAUCACCCUACACGCCUCUCUCUUGUCUUCUACCAGCACAAAAACCUGAAUAAGCCCCAACACGGUUUCGAACUAAACAAGAUUAAGUUCGAGGCGAAAGAAGCAAAGAAUAAGAAAACUAAAGCCUCCGAGCAGAAAGACCAGGCAGCUAACGAGGGUCCUGAACUGUCCACUGAAGUUAAUGAAUUUAACCAGAUUCCUUCCCACAAAGCGUUAACAUUAACCCAUGACAAUGUUGUCACCGUGUCCCCUUAUGCUCUCACAUAUGUUGCGGGGCCCUAUAACCAUUGGGUCUGA